GUGCAGAGUUUUACACGGUUAUUUGGGACAGUGAUUUUCUAUACUAAUACCUAAAAUAAAUGGCAUAAAACCAACUACUAGAUGUAGCUGGUGAGAUAUAUGUGAAUUGGAUUCAAUAAGUUAUUGAAGAGAGAAAAUGAGUACUAGAUCAAAACAACGUGUGAUGGUUGUACCAGCUACAGCCCAAGGCCAUGUGAAACCCCUCAUGCUCUUUGCACACAAACUUGCCCAACAUGGCUUUAGAAUCACUUUUGUUCACACUGAAUUCAGCAUGGAGCGGAUCUUGAGUGCCAUGAGUGAUGAUAAUCUCAAGACUGGCACUGGGUCAGAAAAUAUUGAGUUGGUGUCAAUCCCAGAUGGACUGAGUCCGGAAGACGACAGAACUGUUGUGAGGAAUAUAUGUAGAGCAACUUUAGAGACCAUGUCUACAGAGCUUGAAAAGCUCAUAAGAACAAUAAAUGGAAAUAUUACAAGUGAUAUUAUUGGUGAACCGUCAGAAAGUACUUCCAAUGACAAGAUUAGUUGUCUCAUUUGUGAUGUUUUUCUGGGCUUUGGCAUGGAAGUUGCAGCUAAGAUGGGUAUUCAAGGAGCACUAUUUUGUCCUUCUUCGGCUGCUAUUCUUGCAUACACCAUGAAUAUACCAAAGAUCAUACAUGAUGGGAUCGUGGACGAUAUUGAUGGAAAACCAACACAAAAGCAAAUUAUUCAACUAUCUUUUGACAUGCCUGGCAUGGACACAUCAACGUUACCAUGGAAGUUUGAUGACUUACCUACACAAAAGAUGUUAUUUCAACUUUAUCUCAAAAUUGGUCAAGCCUUAAAAACUACACAAUGGUGCCUCUGCAACACAACUCAAGACAUAGAAUCUGUUGCAAUUUCUUUGUUCCCAAAGGUUCUCCCAAUAGGUCCACUAACGGUAAACAAAACUAGUAGUCAUUUAGAUAUUUCAGGAUCUCAAUUUUGGAUUGAAGACGCCUCUUGUUUGAAUUGGCUCGAUCAACACAAGCCUCGUUCAGUUAUAUACGUUGCGUUUGGUAGCUUUACGAUCCAUGACAAAUGCCAAUUUAAUGAGCUAGCUCAUGGGCUUGAACUCACUGGUAGACCAUUCCUUUGGGUUGUUCGUCCGGGAUUUAUCUCGAGUAAUGAACAAGAAAAUAAGUUUGAUCCAUAUAAAUUUUUGGGGAACAAUAAUAAUGUUAGAAUGAUAGUCAAUUGGGCACCUCAACAAAAGGUUUUGAAUCACCCUUCUAUUGCUUGUUUUGUGACACAUUGUGGUUGGAACUCAACUAUAGAAGGAUUGAGCAAUGGGGUGCCUUUCUUAUGUUGGCCUUAUUUUGCUGACCAAUUUUUAAACAAGGACUAUAUAUGUGAUAUUUGGAAGAUUGGAAUGGAAGUUGUACCGAAUGAAAAUGGGAUCAUAACAAGGGAAGAAGUAAAAAACCAAGUGAAGAGACUUCUAGAUGAUGUAGAUAUAAGAAAAAGAGCAUUGGAAUUCAAGAAAAUAGCAAUAGAAAAUAUAGCUAAAGAUGGUCGAUCUUCAAAAAAUUUGAAUAACUUCAUCAAAUGGUUGGAACUACUAUAACUCAAUAAUAAAUAUUUCGUUCUAAUGUAAUUUUCUUAUUGAAAUACUGAUAUAUGUUGAAUUGUAUUGUUUUAUAUUCUAGUUUAUUAUAUACACAUGUGAUUGUGCAAUAAUCUCAUUUUUAUUA